CGGAUGUACAGGAUAUGUACCUCAUACCUUAUUGCUCACUAUAAAAAGGCAGCGCCUUCUUGUUUUGCAAGUUUAUUUGGUUGGUAACACAUCCAUGCUGAGGUAUGAUGUCAGCCAAGAAUGCCAUACCCAACAUCAGCCAGGCUCAGGCCGCGGACCUGGUGAAGAGACGCUACGCCCUGUCUCCCUCUGAAGUCCACUGUCUGCCCAGCUGGGACGACCAGAACCUCCACCUUGUGACACUGGAUGGUGGACACUUUGUGCUGAAGAUCAUGAACUCCAAGGCCAAUAAGAACCCCGCCAUGACUGAAGUGCAGACGUAUGCCAUGAACUUUCUGCAGGAGAAGGGACUUCCUACACAGAAAGUACUGAAAACCAUCACAGGACAGGUCAUGUUCCUGGAAGACAUCGAUUGUGGCCAUGGUCUACAGAAGUUCCUGGUGCGCCUGUUGACUUAUUUGCCAGGCAUCCAGAUCGCCAAGGCACCUCUCUCGCCAGAACUGCUCCAUGACUUGGGCCAGACUGCAGCCAGGAUGGACCUGGUCCUCAAAGAGAUGGAACAUCCUCAACUCUCAGCGUUGCAGAGAGACGACUUCAAAUGGAACUUGUCAAAUUUUCUUCUCCUGGAGGAGCACAUGAACGUUCUAGAUGGACAUCCUCUCCAGGCGGGUGUGAGGACGGUUCUCCAUCAGUACAAGACCUACGUGGGCCCUAAAUACUCUGCUUUCCGCAAGUGUGUGAUUCACGGCGACUUGACGCAUCUCAACGUUCUUGUUGAAAAGGACGAGAGCCAGGCCUACAAGCUGUCCGGUAUCAUCGAUUUCGGGGACAUGAGCCUGGGGUACUUUGUGCACGAGCUGGCCAUCAGCAUCAUGCACACCAUGCUGGCACGCCCAAACCCCAUGGAGGUGGGCGGAGCCAUCCUGGCAGGCUGGGAAAGUGUCCUUCCUCUGAACCAGGCGGAGAGGGAUUGUCUCUUUUGGUUGGUUCUGGCCCGCUUCUGCCAGUCGGUGGUGCUGUGCAUGCAGAUUCUGACGGUGCAGCCCGAGAACGAGGUGUAUGUCAUGCACUCGGCCAAGAACGACCGUCUGAUCCUGCAGCAACUUUUGGAUCUGGGAAAGGAGCGGGUGGAGGAGGUGUGGUUCCAGGCGGCUGCUGACUUCAGUCGCCAAAAGUCCGAAAUGAAAUAAAUCGACGUGUUGCAAGACGUAUGCGCUCUAUAUUAUCUCUUCGUCUUCUUAUUAUUCAAGAACCUAAAGUUUGCAUUAAACUUCUACCCUGAUCUACUAGGAUCCACAAGGAUGUGCUGUGAAGGCCACACAGCUUCUAGCACACCAAGCUCUGACUAUGUUGCAAUUGAAGGACGUUGGGUUUGUGGGCUUUCCAUUUGUCUGAAUUAUUGAAGACAUUUAAAUGUUCAUGAAAAUCAGUCAAAUAUGUUUCUAUUGGAAUAUUUAGUGGUGUGUGGUCAGCAGACUAACAAUAAAGUUGUCUACAACUU